AAACUGCAAAUACGCGGGAUUCUGCUAUCACAAGGCAAUAAAUCUUAAGUAGUUUGUGGUGUAUGUACACAACGUUUAGUUGAAGAAACCCCUCUGAACUACCUUCGAUCCCUCUCACGUGACCAUUAGUGCCACCUCCUCAUAGUCGGCACAAAUAAAGCCUUUUUAUAUCCCUGGCCGUGAUAAGACUAUGAUCUCUGUCAUGCAGGGCCUGUUCGUGGGCAAAUGAAACGAAUCUUUUCCCAGGACUAUUUUGACCAUUUUUCGGGCACCACGCAAUUUUAAUGAUAGGCCCGGAUUUACUAACUGAUGCAGCAGUUACUGGCAUGCUUAUUGUAUUUCAGGGAACAGCUUCGCUGCUCGUUCCGCGCCACAAAACCCUCCGAAUUGGGCGAAACCGCCAGCUACGCGGGCUACUCAAACAGGGUCUGCCUUAGCUACCUGUCGAGCUGUCGCGCUUCCGAAUGAGAGACAAAAACUAAAACAUUACAUGGAGGUGUCUUGGAGUUCAACGACCGCUGACUACUUCUUGUUAUGUAGCGGGCGCAUCUCAUGUUACACGCUAAAGACGCGAAGGCAGACGAAAAUCAAGCAGUCAACUGUGAGAAUCGAUGAGGCUGUUAAGAAAAUCAAUAGGCUAUGCAACACUCGGAGUCGGGUUAGCCGGUGUAACGGUUUCUCUUGUGUAUGGACCAGAAGAGUUAAAACGUAAAGUAACCUCUAAUGGUUUGGUACGCGUUGCAAGGGCCGCUCGCACGGUUGUUUUCAUUAGUUAUGACUACAAAAGAACUCUCUGGGGAAUUGACAGGAACUCUUCUGAAUAUUCAAAACUCAAAUCUCAGGUUCACUUGAGGUCUGCUUCGAGUUUGCGUGACCUGUGUUGUGUCAAUGGAGGGGCCUAUAUUAAAGUGGGCCAAUAUGUGGGGUCCUUGGACUAUCUGUUGCCCUCUGAAUAUGUACAGACCAUGAAGGUCCUACACAGUGAUGCGCCUCAGAGCCCACUUGGUGAUAUUCACCAUGUCAUUGAGGAAGAGCUGCAUUGUAAAGUGAAUGAGGUGUUUGUCAGUUUUGAGGAGAAGCCUAUUGGAGCUGCAUCUCUUGCACAAGUUCACAGGGCAACCUUACAGGAUGGUAGAGUUGUGGCUGUUAAGGUGCAACAUAGAGAUGUGCAAAAGCAUGCUGCUGUUGACAUGGCAACACUUGAGAUCCUAGCUGUAGCAGUGUCGUGGUUGUUUCCAGAGUUCAAAUUCAAGUGGCUUGUGGAUGAAUCAAAGAAACAUCUUCCUCUUGAACUAGAUUUUGAACAUGAAGGAAGGAAUGCUGAGAAGAUUAUGCACUUUUUAAAGAAGUUUCCAUUUGUUAAGAUUCCAGAGAUUUACUGGCAAUAUUCAACGAAGCGUGUGUUAACAAUGGAAUUCUGCGAGGGAGGCAAGGUUGACGAUCUACCAUACAUGAAGAACCACAAGAUAUCAUGUGAUGAGGUUGCUCACAAGCUUGGCCUUCUUUAUAGUGAGAUGAUCUUUGUUAAUGGAUAUGUACACUGUGAUCCUCAUCCAGGCAACAUUCUUGUCCAGCGUAAUCCCCAGAAUGGGGUGGAGAUUGUAUUCUUAGACCAUGGACUGUAUCAAACAUUAUCCAGUGAUUUUCGCAUGAACUACUGUAAGAUGUGGCAGUCGCUGAUACGAUCAGACCUGGAGGGUAUAAAGCAGAGCAGUAAGGCCUUAGGCGUGGAAGAGAUGUAUGGUUUAUUGGCCUGUAUACUGACAGCCAGAUCAUGGGAAGUCAUAACUACUGGUGGAAUCGACCAAGGACCUGUCACUGAUGAUGAGGCGGAGGAAAUCAGGACAAGUGCAGCAACAUACGUAACAGAGAUAACGGAACUGCUUAACCGAGUACCCAGACAGCUACUACUGCUUCUAAAAACAAACGAUUUGUUACGGAGUAUCGAUUAUAGACUCAACACGAGCGAUACUUCCCGAUCCUUUAUAACCAUGUCGCGGUGCUGCAUACGCGCUCUCACCAAGCAACGGCUGAAAACCUGCGACGGUUGGAGGGACUGGUUCCGAAUUCAAACUGAUUCUACUAUGAGUCAUCUAAGAAUUACGCUCUAUCAAAUGUACGUCUCUGGCGUUUUUUUGUCGCUUAGAAGACUUUUUACAAGUCUUAUGGGUGCAUUGACGUUUCUUUGAUAUAGGGUGACUGGCGUAAGACUUUACAGAUUAAAUUUGAGGAAUGUAAAUUUACUAACUGAACUAAACACUUUUGAUUUUCUUAUACGAUAUUUGUGAACUUGCACGCGACCUUCAACAGGUGUUUUACAGUCAAACGUAUACCUGAGAGUUUAAACCUUGCGAGCAUAACUACAGUCCUCGCAUUUAUCCAAGAAAAUUCCUUACUAGGUACAAAUACCUCCACGGACUGAAUAUUUAAAAAAUCAAAUUGUACAGAAAUUAUUUACGUUAUGUUUCUCCCAGUUUUAAUACUGCGGAUUAUUUUCACCAUGAAAGGGAAGAAAUAGCAUGUCUUGUUGAAUGUUGUGCAACAUUUUACUUGACUUAGCUAUGAGUUAACCUUGUCCGUUGAUAAAUGGUUUACAGGUUGCUUAAUGUUGUGUCUCCAUCUAUUGUCAACUUUCUGGAAGAUGUAGUACUAAAAAGAUGCUACAAAAAAUAACUAAACUCAAGUCCUUUGUGGGGGAAGGGGAGAUUUUAAGAAAUAAUCUCUAAAGUGAAUACUGCUAAAAUGAGUAGCUGCUCAACCCACUCAACUGUGAUGCAAAGAACGAAAAUAAACUCCAAGGAAAAUUCUAAAUAACACCUAACUCGUGAAUUUCGUUUU